GCGGUGCCCGGAUGUGGACGUGGCACAGCGCUGCAGCAGUUCCGCCGAAUGUCCGCUUCUGCUCACCAAGAAGGGAUUAGUGAGAAACACCCCGGGACGACAUCGGCUUCACAGUUUGUCGGACACCGGGUUUCACAGAUUCCCCCGAGCAGAGGAUAGCCUUACUAUUUACAACACUUUGGAGAUUUAGGGAUGAACUGAGGAUGAAUGUAAACCAGCACACUCCAAUGGCCUCUCCAUAUGGCCAGCCCCAGCCUGGCUAUGGCCAACCCGGCUACGCACCCCUGGAUGGGGGAUACCCCGCACCUUACGCACCCUACAACGGCCCUUCUUCAGCCUAUCAGCCUGGGGCUCCACCACAAGGUUAUUCUCCUUUCACAAACUUUCCCUCUAAGGCUGUGGUUGCCAACCCAGUCUCUGACCUCUCCUCUCCUCUUGACUUAGGUCCUGCCCGGGGUCCUCCCACCUCUGGCGCCCCUCCAAUCUCGGCGCCUCAACCAUAUAAUCAGUACAGUCAAGGGGACAUGCAGAAUGGACCCCCACCUAUGACACAGGCCCCACCUAGGCCUGCUGCGUCUCAGCUGUACAACCAGGGAGCUGUGAACCUGUCAGGGCCACAACCCUCCUAUCCCCAAAACUACGGGCCCCAACCCUCAAUGCAGCAGGUUACUAGCCAGAUGACUGGGAUGCAGAUCACCUCUGGAGCGCCAACCCCUACAGGGCCAGGAUAUGCUCCACCUCGCAGCUCACAGCAUCCUGCCAGUACCGCCUACUCAGCCGCACCUCCACCAUCUUACACCCAAGCCCCUCCCCCUGCGUCCUCUGCCCCGACCCAACCACCCCCUCCCAGUGGCCCUGCAGCGUCUCAACAAUACUAUGGAGGCCCACCACCUCCUUCUCAACAGCCAUUUAACUCUUCUCUUCCCCCUACCUCUCAACGGCAGUUCCCCUCUCCUGGGCUGCCACCUUCUUCCUCUCAGCAAACCUUUCCUCCCUCCUCCUACUCGGGUCCUGUGUCUCCACCCAGCCAGGCACCUGCUCCCCCAGUGUCCCAGCCGCAGCAGUCAUUCCCUCCCACCCAGCCACCCUUCUCCUCAGCACCUCCACCUGUCAGCCAGCCUGCCUUCGUCUCCGGCCCGCCUCCCCCCACCCAGGGCUCCUUCCCACCUAGAGCACCCCCUCCUUCUUCUCAGCCUAGGUCUUUUCCUCCUCCUGGGCCUCCUCCAACCUCAAUGCCCUCUGGCCAGUACCCAGGCCCCAUGCCACCCCAACAGCAGCCCCCUCCAUCACAGCCACACCCUUACCAAUCAGGUCCUCCUCCUAUCAGAACUCAGAUGCCUCCCACUUCCAUGGCCCAGAGCAACCACCUGCCUCCAGGACCACAGGGCCCGCAAUGCCCUCCUGGGCCCAUGCAGCAGCCUCCAUCUCAGCCUGGCAUGCAGGGAGGAUACCCUCCUCAGCAGAAUGGUGCGUUUGGACAGGGUAGAGGUCCUCAGCCUGGCUAUGCAGGUCCUUAUCCCGGGCAACCAAACUACGGAGCCCCUGCACCAGCCCCUGCUCCUGGCCCCCCUGCACAGAAAAGACUUGACCCAGAUGCCAUUCCUAGCCCGCAAGCGUCUGACAUGCCGGCUGUGCAGAAAUCAAGACAUAGAAUAGAUCCAGACGCUAUCCCCAGCCCAAUCCAGGUAAUAGAGGAUGACAGAGCUAAGUGCACGGAGCCAUUUAACACAGGGGUCAGAGGUCAGGUCCCACCGCUGGUCACCACCAACUUCCAGGCCAAAGACCAAGGGAAUGCCAGUCCUAGGUUUGUUCGCUGUACGGCCUACAAUGUGCCUUGCACAGCCGAUAUGGCCAAGCAGUCUCAGGUGCCUCUGGCCGCUGUCAUCAAGCCCCUCGCCACGCUGCCGCCAGAUGAGACUCCUCCAUACCUGGUUGACCACGGCGAGGCUGGUCCAGUCCGCUGCAACCGUUGCAAGGCCUACAUGUGUCCAUACAUGCAGUUCAUAGAGGGAGGUCGGCGCUUCCAGUGUGGCUUUUGCAGCUGCGUCACAGAGGUGCCUCCACAUUACUUCCAGCAUCUGGACCACACUGGUAAGAGGGUGGACUGCUAUGAUAGGCCGGAGCUGUCGCUGGGCAGCUACGAGUUUGUGGCCACUGUCGACUACUGUAAGAACAACAAGAUUCCACAGCCUCCAGCCUUUAUCUUCCUUAUCGAUGUGUCCUACAACGCUGUGAAGAGCGGGAUGGUCAACAUUGUCUGCCAGGAACUCAAGACCCUCCUAGACUACCUGCCCAGGGAGAACCCAGAAAUGGACUCCGUAGUGCGGGUGGGUUUUGUCACCUACAAUAAGGUUUUGCACUUCUACAACGUCAAGGCGAGCCUGGCCCAGCCCCAGAUGUUGGUGGUGUCAGAUGUAUCGGACAUGUUUGUGCCCCUGCUCGACGGCUUCCUUGUCAACGUAAACGAGAGCCGGCUUGUUAUCGAGAGUUUGCUGGACCAGAUCCCAGAGAUGUUUGCAGACACCAGGGAGACAGAGACAGUCUUUGGACCUGUUAUCCAGGCAGGACUGGAGGCACUCAAGGCUGCAGACUGCUCAGGGAAGCUGUUUGUGUUUCACACCUCUCUGCCCAUCGCAGAGGCUCCUGGAAAACUAAAGAACAGAGAAGACAAGAAGCUGGUUGGGACAGAUAAAGAGAAGUCUCUGUUUCAGCCCCAGGUGGGUUUCUACAACACCCUGGCUAAGGAGUGUGUAGCCCAGGGCUGUUGUGUGGAUCUCUUCCUCUUCCCCAACCAGUAUGUGGACGUUGCCACGUUAGGGGUGGUUCCUGUCUCCACUGGAGGUUCGAUUUACAAAUACACCUACUUCCAGGCUCAGUCGGACACGGAGCGAUUCCUGAACGACCUCAGACGAGACAUUCAGAAACUAGUCGGCUUUGAUGCCGUCAUGAGGGUGCGAACCAGCACAGGUAUCCGGGCGACGGACUUCUUCGGCUCCUUCUUCAUGAGUAACACCACAGAUGUGGAGCUGGCAGGCCUGGACUGUGACAAGGCCAUCACUGUCGAGUUCAAACACGACGACAAGCUUAGUGAAGAGACGGGGGCACUCAUGCAGUGCGCCGUGCUUUACACCAGCUGCAGCGGCCAAAGGCGUCUCCGCGUCCACAACAUGGCGGUCAACUGCUGCUCUCAGCUGGCUGACCUCUACCGCAACUGUGAGACGGACACAAUCAUCAACUUCUUCUCCAAAUAUGCUUUCCGAGGCCUCCUGAACAACCCCACUAAGGCGGUAAGAGACACUCUGAUCAACCAGUGUGCUCAGAUUCUGGCCUGCUACCGAAAGAACUGUGCAAGCCCCUCAUCAGCUGGUCAGCUGAUCCUUCCAGAGUGCAUGAAGCUGCUACCGGUCUACCUGAACUGUGUGCUGAAGAGUGACGUGCUGAUGCCGGGAGCAGACGUCUCGUUGGACGACCGGGCUUACCUGAGGCAGCUGAUCAGCGGCAUGGACGUCACAGAGAGCCACAUCUUCUUCUACCCCCGCCUGCUGCCACUGACGAAGUUGGAAAGCGGGUCAUUGCCAAUGGCAGUGAGGGACUCGGAGGAGAGGCUGUCUAAAGGCGGAGUUUACCUCCUGGAGACGGGACUGCACCUCUUCCUGUGGGUGGGAGCCAGCGUUCAGCAGGAGCUGCUGCUCAACAUUUUCGGCACGCAGAGCUUCAGCCAGAUAGACCCGAGCUUGACAAGUCUGCCAGUGCUGGACAACCCCUUCUCUCAGAGACUCAGAGACAUCAUCGAGUCCUUCAGAGCACAGCGAUCACGAUACAUGAAGCUGAUGGUGGUGAAACAGGAAGACAAAGCUGAGCUGAUAUUCAGGCACUUCUUGGUCGAGGACAAAAGCGUCAGCGGAGGAGCGUCAUACGUGGACUUCUUGUGUCACAUGCAUAAGGAGAUCCGCCAACUUCUCAGCUAGACCUACAGACACCCAGCUUCACCAGUAUGACCCAAACACUAACACCCCCUCACCCUCCCAGGUUCACCCUUCCUUGUAAAAGAAAGCGCUUUAUCUUUUUUUUUCUUUUUCUUUUUUUCUUUUUUAACCCUAAUAAACUAAAGCUCUCCAUGCUGUCUGUCAGCUGAGAGAUGAGCUGAAAGAUCGUGUGUGUUAGUGCGUGUGGGUUAAUGCUUGUGUGUGUGUGUGUGUGUGUGUGUGUGUGUGUGUGUGUGUGUGUAAGAGAGAGCUUUACUCUGCCUCAAAUCUACUACUACUACACAGCAGGAGCAAAAUAACUAACGAGGGAGGGUAAUGUAUAUACACAAUUAAACAAUUAUGUAUGCAACUGAGUGAGAGAUGGAGACAGCUGGCUGAUGUUGACUGUAGUCGGGGUACUGUCUGUUUUACUAGCACUGAAAGGCUGUUUUGGGUGCAUUAAUGACCCUCAGAUAGUAAACACUUUUUAUAUGAUUAAAUCCCAAUAGAGUGAAGGACAUCUACAUACCAAUACAUACAUGGAAUUAAAUAAAUGCUGUUCUUUCUGUCUCUUCUCCCCUUUAAUCAUGGCCUUAGUACCCCCCUCCCCAUGCGGCUCCAAUCAUCCAUAAUGUGUGUUUGUGUUUUUCCAGAUGUGAGAGGAUUAGUCCUGAAUGUUUUUUUUUUUUUGUUUUUUUUUUUUGGUGUUUCUGGGUGUGAGCAUCCAAAUUUAAGCCUACAUUAACAGCUCUAACUGGAGUCUGAUGAACUUUUACCUACAGAAGUAUCCUGAAAUGUAAAAUCUGGUUUUAGUGUCCACAAGUGAACUGAAAAUAAAGGUGCACGUGGCUGCUCUGUUAUUACAAUAAUUGGUAUAAUCCAAAUUUGUUGCGUUAUUGAUUUGGGUCAGAUGUUUGGUCACUGAUGAACCAGAUGUGCAUUUCAAGUUGUUAUGAUUCUGUUAUAAGAGGAUGCUUUCAUUAGUUCAAAGUCUAUGCAGCAAAGGGAAAGGCCAGACAUAAAAUAAAAUGAAGAAUAAAAAGAAAUGGGACGGGUGUGAACUUUUGAUCUCAGCAUCAAAGCGACGGUAAAUCCUCCUCAUGGUUAGUUUCUGUGGAUGAUUCUGUCUGAUGAGUAGUGCUGCAGACUUUAUAUUAAUCAGACGUUCUGAUGUCAAAAAGCAAUUUCCAGCAGACCGAAAUGAGCGCAGAACGAGUGGAUACAUGGUCAUCAGUUAAUGUUUGCAAAUUUUGAGUUGUCUCCGCACUGAUGAUGUUCAGUGUGUAAAUAAAAUAUAUAAUCUGUACAGAAUUAAUAGAAAAUAACAAUUUUAAAGAUCUGCCUGAACAGCUGUGGUUUGUUGAUGGUUGGUUUCUCUGUCACAAAUAGUCGAAAUAUAAAGAGAGAGAAGACGCCUUGACGUGUGUGCGUGUGUGCGUGAGAGAGAGAGAGAGAGAGAGAGAGAGUGGGGUCGGUCCUGGUGAAUUUCUGCUGAGGAACAGAGGGAUCAGCCAACUCGCACACUACCCGUGAGAUUCAAUUCAGUCUUCUUCAUUUAUCACUUUCUGUUCCUUUUUUAAUAGUGACUUUUGUUUGUUUGGUGUAGCCCUCUGUUCCGUCUUUACGUUCACCGACCUUGAUUGGCCCACCGUCUUGGCUGUAAUCUUAUUUUCUGUUCCUUUUUUCUUUGAUUUUUUUCCAUUGCCUCUUGGGACUGCUAAUAAAAUGAUUGUUAAAAGUGAAACUCCA